AAGAAUCCGAACAAGAAAUUGGUCUUACAGCAGAUCUGGCGGGCGUUCGAACAUAAAGAGAACUCCCUGGAGUUCGAGGAAUUCUGCUUCGGCUUACCCGGGCGGAAGGAGCAUUUGAAACAGCAGGCUGAUAUGGAGAAGGGCAAAGCUUUUAACAGCGGAGUGGGGCCUUUGAACGGAACUAGUGGCAGUGGAAGUACGAUUUCCGCGAGCUCUUCGUAUUGUGAGGAAAAAUCCCCCCCUCCCCAUAUUAAAACGGAAAUUUGUGUUGCUGGAUUUGUGUACACAAAUCAGCUCUGUCUUGCAGAGAGACACUGCAGGCAACGCCUAAGCCUGUGUAGGUGUGUUUUGAUGUAGGUGCUUAGCAUAGCAGAGGCCUGCCAUGUAGCCGCAACAACAUUACAAAUCGCCUGCAUAGGCCGGCGGAUUCUUUGGAUUUGCCCUCUUGCAAGAGAGACAGGAUUUGUGGCCACAUAUCAGCAUCACAAAUUUUUAGGAACAUACCUGCUCAAUAUGGGGAGGGGGGAUUUUUCCUCACAAUACUUCGAAACAAGGAACCACGACACACGCAGCAGCAGCAGCUGA